CGAUUACUAACAGCUAACUUGUGCUUCCUUCUUCCAUCAUUCAAUUCAAAUCAGUCACUGGUCGCUCUAAUCCUCCAUACAUAUGCACACCGUUUGACCCACAUGUUUCCAUAUCAUAACGAGCUGGGCGUGCGCGUGAAUAGCUAGUCUGGGUGUUACACGAGGAUACCUCCAGGCUUCAACGUAGCUGACGCAUGGCCUACACUUAGCCCCCAGAUAAAUCCAGCGUGACGAAGGGGAGUUCUCCCUAACUCAAAUCAGGAUUCAGUAUGGCUAGUUUUCUUGAUACUUCAAAGCCGGUUUACCAUCUCUACAUCUCUGGUGUCAUUGUCGAUUUUAGCAAGUCGAAAAAGAAUAUAGAGUCAGCUGAAGUUAGAAUCAGCGACCUCAAUUCGCCCACGCCAAUGAAAAGUGGGGCAGGAAAGGCUUUGCGACAGACGUUUUCUCAACCUGUGAAACUUUCUCUUGGGGAUAUGUUUUCCUUACACGUACGAUACAAGAGAUGGUAUGGAAACGAGCAUGAAGACAUUGGCUUCGAACUAGACGACAUGUUCCGCCAGUGUAGUACAGGAGAAAGACAAGAAUACAACAAGGUUCAUAAAAAUAUCGCCAUAGUCGUCAAACUUUCCAGGGAUCCGACAACCGAAGACGCCGAGCAACUUUUCUCUUCUUCUGACGAAACCCUGGAGCUCCGGCCUAUCACUGAUGAAUUAUUUCGGAAGUGUCCUCAGUUCCGAAUUCUGGUGAUAGGAAAGACUGGUGUUGGCAAGUCUUCGCUGAUCAACCAUGCAUUCGGAGUGCAAAACGCGACCACUUCGCACGAUAUGCCAGGCGAGGUCAGCAUCGACCAUGAGUUCAUCUCACCGCAGAACAACAAGUUUGUUCUCCACGAUAGCAAAGGUUUCGAGCCAGGGGAAAAGGACAACCUAAAAAUAGUCCGAGAUUUCAUUGACCAUCGGAGAAAAAUGCCUUGUUUGAAAGAUCAGCUGCACGCUGUUUGGUGGGGCCACCAUCUCAGCGGGCGUUUACUAGAGACCGGUGUGGAGCAAUUUCUCACAUCGAAGCGCGAAGGAGAGCUAGGAAACAUCAAAGUUCCCAUUGUUGCUGUUUUCACUAAAUACGACACCCUCCUCGGCCGCGUGGAGCGAACCCUGGAUAAGUUCUCUAUCAAGGGUUUGAGCAAGGCAGCCAUCCAGGACAUCAUCAAGAAAAACGCAGAAGACAAGCUACAGGAAGUCUGCGUCGCACCCCUAGAGAAAUUCGCAAAAUCGGCCAUCCCGCAUGUUACGGUCUCUACAAAUGGAAACCAUGAGGAGACGCUAGCUCGUUUGAUCCAAACUACUGAAGAACUCCGAGUGGAUCCUGGACUCAAAAUAAAGGCAUCAAUAGAGGUUGGCAAGAGAAAAUACUGGAAGGCAUUCACAUCGAGCGUACCAUUCAAGAACCGUUCGAUGUGGGACUGUCUGCACGUGCUUCACACUGACAUUGUCAAUGUGUGGAACUUCCGAGACCCUAAUGGUUACUUGUGCAGCCCUGAGUUUAGGGGAUUGAUGGCGAACAUGGUCAAUGAGCUGGACAUUGGACCUACUGCUGAUGCCAACCAGAACCUUAAAUUUGGACUCUCCAUCGUGGGUACUAUUGCGGGCAUCGCGUCUGCCCUGGCUGGACCUGCAGCCCCUAUCAUAGUGCCGAUAGCAGUAAGUGUUGUGGUCGUGAAAUGGGUUCACGAGGUGUAUCAGCAGUCCUGUGCGGCGCUCCUGCGCUUCAUGGAAUACAUCAUCGACUUGACUCUUGUGUUGCAGACGCUGUAUCUCUUGUCGGAAAACCAGGAAUUGUCUCGUAGAGCCAUCAAGCUUGCGGUCAAGUCCUAUCACGACUCACCAAUGAGCGGAGGAGUCCAUAAUCGGAUUCAGGAGUACGACAGGCAAUUGAUCUUGCGGAAACGUGCAGACCGUGAUUCGUUGGAUCAAUUGAUUGAGCUGCUGCAAUCAUGUAGCAUCAGUGCAAAAGAAGUGUCGGAUCUUCGGGGAAGUUUGCCCACUGUGGAUUUAUUGUUGGAUGAACCAUGGGACACGGUCGAGAAGUCCUAGUACU